AAUUAUCACGAUGCUUUUUCUCUCUCUCCCUAUGGAUUCUUCUUCUUCUUCUUGUCUCCCCCUCUCUCUCCCAUCAUCAUCUAUUCCUAUUUGCAAAAAUAAAAGGACCUGCAAAUUAACCCACGGCCCAAAAACAGAAACAAAGAAAUCAACAGAACCAGAAUUACCAUAUGAAGCAGAGCACAAUCCAUCACUUCCAAUCUCAAUUUUUCUGGGAAAAAAACCGCAAAUUGUAAAUUAACAGAAAGACAAGCAACGUGGUUGUCGUGGUUGGAGUGGAGGGCCUUCGAAUCGAUGCCGACUCGUUGACGUAGUUGAACUCGAAGUCUUGGAUGGUUGGAAGUGUUGUCGGCGGUGGUGGAGUUGAAGAGACCGAGGUACUGGCUGUUCCUGCAAUUGUGAAGAGGAUCUUGCAUAACAAUUUCUCGGGCUUGUUCUUCGGGUUGCCUUUCACCAAACCGAACCCGGAUUUCGUGCAAUCUGUUAAGACCCAGUUUUCGCCCGAGAGCAAGUUGUUGCUCUUUUGCCAGGAAGGGCUCAGGUCUGUGGCUGCUGCAAGAAAAUUGGAGGGAGCUGGUUAUCAAGAUAUAGCCUGCAUAACAUCAGGCCUCCAGUCUGUGAAGCCUGGUGAAUUUGCCCUUUGCUUUAGAAAUGAUGAUAUAGAGCAACAAAAUCUGUCUUACAAUGAUGGGACAUUCGAUUUUGUUGGUUCAACCGAGCUGCAAAAUGCAGGAAAAGCUAGAUUGGUUACUGGCUGGGCGGAGGGGAGGUCCACACCCACAAAAGAAAUGCACAACAUUGUCUCCAAACUCUUCCUCCUCGCCUUCCUGGCAGCACCACCCAUGGCCGCCGCUAACCACGGCGGCUCAGCCGGGGGAAGCAUAAUCCGGUCCACCUGUGCCGCUACACUGUACCCCGAACUCUGCAUUUCCACCGUCGAGCUCAAUCUCCCCACGGCCGCAGUCGAGAGCAGCCGGGACGUGCUGGCGGCCGCACUCGAUCACACGAUCCGCGCAGUCGAGCGCAACCGUCUCACCAUCCGAAAAUCCGCCCGCCUCAUCAGCAGCAAUCCCGUGGGCCUCCCGUCCCGGGCCCUCAACGACUGCCUUGAGAUGGCGGAAUUGGCGCUAGACGAGCUCCGGGCCGCGGCCAACCGACUCGAGAACCUCGAAAAAUCGAGAGCUAUCGACGACGUGCUGACGUACCUGAGCGCGGCGAUGGCGAACCAGCUGUCGUGCGUCGACGGGCUCCCGCCGCGUGGGUCCCUCGCGCGCGACCACAUGCACGUCUUCCGCCUCGUCAGCAAUCUGCUGGUGAUGGUAAGAAGUGUUCCGGGCCGCGGAGCCCUGGGCCGGUGGCCCGGACGGGCCAGAUGGCCCGACUGGCUAUCGGAUGGGGACAGGCGGAUGUUGGUGGCGUCGGAGGUGACGCCUAAUGUGACGGUGGCGGCAGAUGGGAGUGGGGACUAUGUGACGGUCGGGGAGGCGGUGGAGAUAGCCCCACAUAAGAGCGACGAGAGGUACAUUGUUCGGAUAAAGAGCGGAGUUUAUCGGGAAAACGUGGAGAUCCCGAGCAAUAGGUGGAACAUGAUGUUCGUCGGGGACGGGGAGGGGGAGACGAACACGGCAGGCCCGUCCAACCACCAGGCCGUGGCCCUACGCGUGAGCGCCGACUUCUCCGCCUUCCACCAGUGCACCAUGUCGGCCUACCAAGACACCCUCUACACCCAUUCCCUCCGUCAGUUCUACUCCGCGUGCACGAUCUUCGGCACCGUCGACUUCAUCUUCGAUCGAGGUGCCGCAGUUCUGCAGGACUGCGACAUCUGGGUCCGUCGACCCAACCCGGGCCAACGCAACAUGGUCACUGCCGACGGGCGGGCCGACCCGGGCCAAAACACCGGGAUCGUCAUCCAGGGUUGUCGGAUCCAGGCCGACAACGACUUGAGGCCCGUUCAGGCCCAGUUCCCGACAUACUUGGGCCGGCCGUGGGGCCAAUACGCAAGGACGGUGGUCAUGCAGACGGAGAUAUCGGAUGUCGUGUGGCCCGAGGGGUGGUAUAGGUGGAACAAUAGCAAUUAUGGGCUCAACACUUGCUUUUUCGCCGAGUAUGAAAAUACGGGAGAUGGUGCCAACACGUCCCAUAGGGUUACGUGGCACGGGUUUAGGGUGCUGGCGGGGGAUGAGGAGGCAGAGCCUUUCACGGCGGCAGAAUUUAUUGCCGGCGGGGAGUGGCUGCCGGAUACGGGCUUCCCGUUUUCACUCGGGCUUUGA